CCACUCAUCCCCCAUGCAGCCCUGUUUUAGUUAUAUUUAGUUGUAUUAUACGCUGGUCCAUCACCAUCUACAGAAGGUAUUUCUUGGUGUCAUCAUUGAACUCCAUAUUUGCUGAGAUAAAUAUGAGCUAUUGGGGCGUUGAUGUGACAAUCCCGUUUUGGCAGCCUCUGCGUCAUGCCCAUGAGAGAGUUGAUUAUCUGAACAUACCUUACCAAAAUGUCACGCUGGCUGCCCCCGGGGAACCCAACCAAAACCCUCUUUCCGGGGCGGGUGUGCGUGCGUAUAUAUGAGGUAGCACCUUGCACCCUAGCAUCAGAGGGCCGCUGACAGAUGUGAAGCUACUUAACGCUCCCAGGCGAGAGGAGAUAAAGAUGCCAACCACAGCUCCCAGUUCGAGAAUCCUGCUUGCGGCCAGAAGACCUGGUGAGUGGACAUCACACAGGAUCAUUCAUGUCGCCACCAUUUGGAGUGACUUUAUUUUCUUAUGUUUGUAGGCAAAAUAUCCCAAAAUGUGGAUCUUUUUAAAGAAAAAAUUCCAGACUAUGAUCCCAACAUCCCAGAGCCGACAAGGAGAGCCGAGCUCCUUAAAUACUGGAUCAACCUUUCUCUGGAUAACAAGACAGCCAAUAAAAUGCUGUGGAUUACGGAGGAUGGAUCCCAAGUGUACCGUAUGACUGAUGACGUAACCUGUCCUGUAUGGGACAGACCGGAAAGAUACGAGUACGUGCCUCAGGUUCUAUGCAAAGAAGGAAUCUUGGGCUUCCGAGCCUACUGGGAAGUCAAGUAUUCCGGAUGGGUGGUGGCCGGGGUCACCCAUGAAGGUGCGGGCCGCAGGGGAAGCGAUGGACCAUGCGGCCUGGGUGAAAACGAACAGUCCUGGGGGCUGGGCUGGGGCGGAUCCCACUACCAGGUGUGGAUCAACGGGAUCAACGAUGAAAUCUCAGACAUUCCACAGUGCAGCACCAUUGGUGUGUACCUGGACCAGCCGGCGGGGGUGGUCAAUUUUUACGCGGUGGAGAAUGAAGAGGGGCAAGGGGGGGGAUUGGGCAGGCAGGAGGUGCGACUCUUGAGGCAGAUUAAAAGCUCCUUCAAGGGGAGGAUGAUGCCUGGUUUCUGGGUUGGACAAAAGUCGUCAUGUAUGCUGAUUCCCAAACAAUAAAACAUAGUUUUUUUUAUUAUUAUAAUUUUUAUGCAUUUCCAUUGGAUCAUACACAUAUUAUGGGCUGAACACCUUAAAGAAGGGAAAAUGCAUGAAUUAUGUUUGUA